CUCAAAGCAAAAAAAAAAAAUCCGUGGCCUUUGACUUCUAAGCUUCAAAAAAUACUGCUCUGAAAAUCCAGCCAAAAAAAAUGCCCGGUCUAAAACGACCAAGGACCCAACUGGUACCGUUUUUGUUCAACCCAACGAACUCUAUGCUCCUCAGCCACAUACCUAAGCUUCUAAAAGUCUCAGCUGAUACAAAAAACUUAAGAUUAGGCAAAAUAAUCCAUACCCAUUUACUUGUAACCAAUCAAAUCUCAGUAGGAACCAACAUAAACCCGUUAAACUCUUUAAUCAAUCUCUAUGCAAAAUGUAACCAAAUUUCAAUUGCUCAGAAAGUGUUUGAGAGAAUGCAGGAAAGAAACUUGGUUUCUUGGUGUUCCUUAAUGGCUGGGUAUUUGCAAACUGGGUUUUCAUUGGAAGUUUUAAAGUUGUUCAAAAAUAUGACUUUGGUGGAUAGUUUGAGGCCUAAUGAGUAUAUUUUCGCUGUAGUUUUUUCAGCUUGUUCCGACAGUGGGAAGGCUUUAGAGGGUAGACAGUGUCAUGGUUAUGUGUUCAAGUCAGGGUUGGUUUUUUAUCAAUAUGUUAAGAAUGCAUUGAUAAAUAUGUAUUCAAAGUUUGUGGAUGUUGAAGGAGCUAUGAGGGUUUUUAGUUUAGUGCCUGGUUAUGAUGUUUUUACAUAUAAUUCAGUUUUAAGUGGACUCUUGGAACAAGGGUUCUUGAAUGAAGGGGUUGAAAUUUUGGAAAGGAUGAUGGGAGAGAGUGUGGAGUGGGAUAGUGUAACUUAUGUUACUGUCUUUGGACUUUGUGCUUGUCUUAAGGAUUUGAAGUUGGGCUUACAAUUGCAUAGUAGGAUUCUGAAAAGUGAUGUUAAGUUGGAUGUUUUUGUUAAUAGUGCAAUCAUUAAUAUGUAUGGGAAAUGCGGGGAGGUUUUUAAUGCUAGGAAAGCUUUUGAUGGGUUGCUAGUUAGGAAUGUGGUUGUAUGGACAGGAAUCAUGGCUGCUUACUCCCAAAAUGGAUGCUUUGAGGAAGCAUUAAAUCUGUUUCCAGAGAUGAAGCUUGACGAUAUUUCACCUAAUGAGUUUACUUUUGGGGUUAUGUUAAAUUCCACUUCAGGAUUGUCUGCACUAAAACAUGGAGACGUACUAUAUGGAGAAAUUGUAAAGUCAGGUUUUAAGGACCAUGUUAUUGUUGGAAAUGCUUUGAUUAAUAUGUAUGCAAAGUGUGGCAACAUUGAAGCAGCAAGUAAAGUUUUUUCAGAUAUGAUGUAUCGAGACAGCAUUACUUGGAAUGUGAUGAUAUGCGGGUAUUCUCAUCAUGGGCUAGGAAAGGAGGCUAUGGAUGUGUUUCAAGACAUGUUGGAUGUAGGACAAUGUCCUAACUAUAUUACUUUUGUGGGGGUUCUUUCUGCUUGUAGCCAUCUUGGUCUAGUAAAAGAAGGUUUAUCCUACUUGAACCAAUUCAUGAGACAGGUUGGAGUAGAACCUGGGUUGGAGCACUAUACUUGUGUUGUUGGACUCCUGAGCAAGGCUGGACUUCUUAAUGAGGCUGAGAAAUUUUUGAGGUCUAUACCAGUAAAAUGGGAUGUUGUUGCAUGGCGUACAUUGCUCAGUGCUUGUCGUGUACAUCGGAAUUAUGGUUUUGGGAGGCGCAUAGCAGAAUUUGUGUUAGAGAUGGACCCUAAUGAUGUGGGAACAUAUACACUAUUAUCUAAUGUUUAUGCAAAAGCAAAGAGGUGGGAUGAAGUUGUGAAGAUCCGAAAAUUGAUGAGAGAUAGAAAUAUCAAGAAAGAACCUGGCGUGAGCUGGAUAGAGGUAAGAAAUAUUACUCAUGUUUUUGUUUCUGAGGACUGUCAACACCCAGAGUCAAGUCAAAUUCAUGAGAAAGUAAAAGAACUUUUAGCUAGGAUUAAGCCAUUGGGAUACAUACCAGAUGUUGCUGCUGUGUUGCAUGAUGUGGAGGAAGAGCAGAAGGAAGACUACCUUAGUUAUCACAGCGAGAAAUUGGCCAUUGCAUAUGGCCUCAUGCAAACUCCCUUCGAGGCACCUAUUCGUGUAUUUAAAAACCUUAGAAUGUGUGAUGAUUGCCACUCAGCUGUCAAACUUAUUUCAAAGGUCACUAACAGGAUCAUCAUUGUGAGAGAUGCAAAUCGCUUCCACAGUUUUCAAAAUGGAUGCUGUUCAUGUGCAGAUUACUGGUAAUAGAUUCAUUGACUAUUUGCUUCUGGAUGAAUGGAGAAGAAAAUUGUAUGUUCUGGAACUCAGAGGACAUGGAUUCCACAUCUAUCUCCAAAACAGCCAGGGCUCAUUAAUCCUCAUUCUUUUCACCUGGAUACUAUGUCAUGGAUUCCAACGUCAGGGUCUAUAUCUAGCCGACUAAUUCCCUGAUCCUGCCCGUGCUGCUACAUCCUUGAAGCCACGGUCCUCUUAGAGGUUGAUAUAAAGUUUUCAAGCACAUUUACGAAUGCAAGAACCAACAAUUAUUCCCAGAUUUCAGGAACUAGAGAACGAAAGCCAGCCUUUUACCAAUAUGCCAGACUAAGUGACCUGCGGCUUGAAUACUGGCAUCUUCAAUGGAUUUUGAUUCUUGCUCCGGGAAACAAAAUUGUUCUAUAAACUUUCUAGAACAUUCAUCUGUUUGCUCGCUUUUCGUUUUCCCCUACUGUCUUUCUCUGUACAAAGAUUGAAUUCAGAGACGGGGGUGCAAAUUUGUAUAGUCAGCAAUCUUGUUUUUGGAUAUAUACUCAACAAUCUUUUCACUUUGAAGGAGACAAAAUUCUGAGAGCAUGGAUUUUUUUUUUUUUAUCUUAUUGGACCAUGGAAUCAUGUUUUUCUUCAAUAAAAUUAUCUUUUCUUCAAUAAAAUUAUCUUUUCUUCCUCUGUUAGAACUACUAAUAAAAAUAAAAUAGUUGACAGUAUAAGCCAAAAUUCUUCCUAAUUUUCUGAGGUCUUGA